UUCAUCAUUUGGCCGUUCACCACCUCUUAGGCCUCUUCCACCUUCAAUGCAACGCUUCUUUGGACCGUGUUCAAAUGGAAUUGGCUGGCAAAUGCCGGCACCUCCUUCACCUCCAAAAAUUCUAGUAAAUAAUUCGUUUAAACAAAAACCAAUUUUAUGCCCUCCACCACCCGCAUAUUCAUCUAAAGAAGAAUCACCACAACAAUUAAAAUCUGCUUUAUGUUCUUUUGCUUCUGCAUUUUGA